UUAAUGAUACCUUGAGAGAAGAUAAGUUAAUGAAAUAUUUGUGACAGAAAUAUUAUUAUUCCAAUUAUUGAUUAAAUAUGCUAUUUAUUUUAUUUUUCUCAAAAAAGGCACCGAGUAAUUUAGUUUAUUUUUUAUUAUCAAAUAAAAAAGAGAAGACUUUCAGACCCGUCCAAACCUUCGUCUAGUUAUAAAAAUUAACUAAUUCCCUUCGUCCACUCCUCGAGAGACACGACACUCGGAGAAAACUAACCCUUCAUUGGGAAGGUUGACUUACCGAAAAACUCAAUAAUCAAAUGGCACCGUUGCCGGGGAGUGGCACGGUUUUAGUUUAAUUUUUUUUAAUUAGCUUAGGUGAAGACCGGUUAGGUCGAUUUUCUCACCUCUUUUUCACAAACCACCCGUAGUAAUAAUUAAAAAUGAAUUUUCGAGAUGAUUACUACGAUCCGCCUCCUUUCUAUCACCCACCCACCCCACCCACCAUCAUUCUCCCAACAAUCCAAUUACUACCCACAACAGUCCAACUAUUAUCCACAUCAGGACUCCUAUUAUGAUGACUUCUCAGUUAAUAAUGGACCUGAUUAUUAUCCAUACCACGAGGAAGCACCAUACAAUACCCCGUCUCGGAGCUUUGGAUAUUCUCCAUACCAAGACAACUGUGGGGAUUAUUACGAACCUCAUGGUGAUCAAGAUGAUUAUGACGAACAAGAGCCAAUGUACAAUGACCAGCUAGAUCCACUUAUUGAAGAGAUUUUGUGGACUGAGAAAAGAAUACGUUUUCUUGACCUAGCAUUAGUAAUGGAGUGUUCAUCAUUUGAACAACCCUAUUACCGUGAUUACUCUCUGACUUGUGAAGAGCAAAUCGAAGCAAACAGAGAUGCAAUCCAGGCAAGAGAACGAUUUCUCAAAAAAGUCCAAGAAGAACGCCAACUGCUCCAAACCCAGAAAGAUAACGAACAACGCGAAUAUUGGGAGCAUAUGCAAAAGAUGCUGGAGGACUUUAAGAAGGCUAUGGAACAACAAGAAGAGUUGGAGGAAAUUGUUGUUCUAGAAGAAGAUGAAGAAUCUGAGACAGAAUCUGAAACUGAAUCCAACAAUGUCUCAAUUCUUGAAUACCCACAAACUCCAUCACCACUGUAUAUCGAAAAUAAGAUAACACUUGCAGAAAUGAUUGCACGAGGUACAGUGGUGAUGCUUCCUGAAAGCCCACGAAGUUUAAUCGUACAAGAUGUGAAGCCUACUGAGGGUCCUGUCUCGGAACUGCCUUCACCAGCUGCACUAGAAACGUUGGAGGAACAUGUCCUCCUAACAUGUGUUGAAGACACUUCUCCAGAGGAACCUGUUCUGGAGAAAUCUGAGCCCACCACCGACCCCUUGAUUCCGAUACUGAUGAGUCUGACAAAACUAUAGACGAGAAAUUACCUUGUGAUGCUGAACCCAUUCCGUCUAUAGAAACUAUUACUGAAGACUCAGGGGAAGGACAUGUUGUAAUCAUCGAGCCAGCAACUGAAAGUCAGCCCAUUGAAGACUUGGAGAGCCAUGUACUGGCGAUUAAGGCCAAUGAUGUGGAUACACCGAGGAGACUCCCACCACCACCCAUCCGAGACGAGUCUCCUUCAUUUUUCCUGUUGCCACCACACCACAGGAAUGAGUCAAAGAUCCUAGACUUUGACUACAAAAGAACAGAACAAAGGUGGCAUCAGAAGAUAGUCAAAAAGGUCAAACUUUAUGACUCUCGGAUCGGUAAGACCCGUAAAAAACGGGCUAACGUCAA